AUGCUCGCGGAGGUGGUCAAGGGGAAGAAGUCGGCGAAAGGGGCCGCGACAGAUGGCAAAGCCAACAAGGCGAACACGAAGCUCAGCAAGACCACCAAGUUCGACGCCAGGAACGAGUGGGAGGAGGUCUACGGCGGCGGCGAGGGCGACGAGGAGUGGUCCAAGGAGGAGUGGGACGAGUGGGAGAAGCAGGACAGGCGGCAAACUGGGAGAAGUCCCAGAAGAAGUAGGCGCUCGCGACGGCCCGCAGCCACGGAGUGGCCGGCAGCCCCUCUUGCCUCGCCCUCCCCGCCGCCCUAG